CACAGCCCUUAUCGGGGUCGGGUGUGGCGUCGUUGAGUGCGGCGUGCAUCAGAAGGUUAAGUGGGAACAUUGACACCAUCCUCGCUCUUGCCAUACUCCAGGCUAGGCACAGCAUCCUCGACGGAACAUUAUGUAUGCACCUUCCAGAUGCUCUGGACGCAUGAGACAGCAUUGCUCUGUAUGGGUAGAUGUGCCAUGCAGGGUGCUCGACGCUGCGCUUCUCGAAACGGAGGACUGCAUUCUGCCAGCUGUGUGCAUACGGGCAGCCAGAAACAACACGCCUGCGGCAUUCAUCAGCGCCCAUCAGCAGCCCGCGUCGCCAAACCCCAAUUCAAAUGCAUUCUGCACCUCACAACUUUAACUUCAACUUGAGCACAUCAUUGUCGUCGAACUCCACCUCGGCCGUGCCGGCCGAGGUGGCACAUGCCGCAUACCUAGCGCUGAUAGGCUGUAUCUACCUCAGCCACUACUGCCCUAUGACGACACCAAACCAACAACCGCGCGCCACUUCGCACAUCGCACUUUGCUCGCACCCUCGAGACGCUCGGCUCGUUACUGAUCAGAAAAGUGUUGCGUGCCGGUGCGGGAGUGCUGGUGCUGCUUUUGUGAUUGUCAAGGGGAACGGCACAGUUUGCGGUGUUACAUCUGAGUGCCGUUGCCGUGGCUCUGGUCUUAGUCUGGAGCUGGGGGACUUGAAGAUUAGAAUUCAUUAUUAGAUGUUGUCGUUAUCAUGUUGCCCUUCCUCAGUUGUGAUGUAGCGAUUGUAAUGCAGCCAAUGUCCCGACCCAAUGCUGUGUGGGUGAUGCUGCCAAACCAA